CUGUGUGGGCCGCACUCUGGUUUACUACCGUAUGACCCUGCCUGGGCCGCAGCCUGGUCGAUUCUCGAGCGUACAGUCGCAGUGAUGAGGAACCGGGGCCUGGCGAUGUGUUUCUGGACGGUUUUGUGGGCGGCUGGGGCCGGGCUGUGCUGGGUAAUAGUGGGGCCCAGUGAACAGCGCAGCACGAAGAUCCUCCAGCACCUGCCCGAAUCAAAUCAAAGCCAGCUAGAGGCCACCCAGCGCAGGAAUGCUUUGGUAAUGCAAAUCAUCAAAGAAUCAGCAGACUGUGAAAAGAAUGUAGCUCGGGAGAUGGAUUGGAACAAACCUUCCAGAUUUGAUGUUGUUUGUAUCUGCCAUUAUGACCUGUCUCCUCCUCAUACAAGCACUGCCAUGUAUCACAACGAAGAGGAACCAACAAAGAGAGAAAGCUGCUCACAAGGGGGUCCUUUUUGCUCCAUCUGGAUUCACGUACACCACUUCUGGUUUGAACUGUUUGGUUUUCAGCAUUUUCCCAUUUUCAUGCCAGGGGCAGUGACCAUCUCUUUGCCAGGACCCAAACGUUAAGCAAGGGACAGCCAACAACUCUUUCAGUCCUUUCAGUCCCCUGUCUCUCACUGUCUUCUGUGUUACCCGUGAAGCUGAUUGCUGCCAUUGAGUACCAUUUCCCUUUAACAGAGGCCAAGCCUAAAAAUAAAUCAUUUUCUAACUUAAGUAACCAGGGAGACAGUAUACAGUGCUCCUUCAUGGUGCCUUCAGCUUCCUGGUUUAUUGUGGAGACCCAGUUGACGUCUCCAGCUUCAGUCUCACCCAAUGUCCAAUCCUCAAUUUCUCCAUCCAACUUGAACUUAAACUAUAAUUGCCAAAUUGACCAGAGGCUGAAAUGUCCCUGUGUCUCCACAGGAAGAAGACUGUCUAGAGAAUCUAACGCAGACUGUAGUGGAUAUCCAGAGAAGGAUAGUGUUUCUCAUUGUCUCAUAAGCCCUCACACACCCAAGUCUGAAAUGGAGCCCACGAAGAAUCCAGGCUGUUCAUCUGUGUCUGAUUCCGACCUUUUGUGUACAUACCUUGAAAACUCUACCAUUGAAGGAAAAAAACCUCUGUCAUUACCUCACCAUUUAGCCCCGGGACUCGGAAUGUGGUCCCCAGUCAUUAGGGAAAGCCAACCUUUCCACCAGACCUCAAAUUUCUGGAGUUGUCUGCAGGACAAAUCAUCAAAACCAAACUCAAGCCUGAAAGGCUUAACUAGUCAAAAUGGUGAGGUUCGACUCACAACGCUCAAGACAAAAGUUGCCAUUGCUUCAACUGAUCAGUCAAAGUGGUCAACUAGAGCUUACUGUGUAGGGUUGAAGUUAACAACGAGAACAAGUGAGCAGAAUAGACUGCAUCCCAAAACAAUGGAUGAUGAUGAUGACUCCUGCAGUAUUUCACACCUCACUAGCCUGGUGAGACCUGAAGUCAAUGUAAGCAAAGAUUAUUGUGUAAAUCAGGCCCCAAGCCUGACACCAGUCCCUAGACACUGUCAAAAUCCACAACUGCUUUCGGCACCAUCUCUACCUAUGUCAAACUUAGAGUGGAAAUCAGAACCAUCUUUUGCAAGUCCAAACCUCAUGAGAUCAACAAAGUGUGACGACUUUGUCGAGAUACCACUUGAUGAAAUAUUCCAACCCAAUUCAAAAACAUUUCCUGAAAAGAAGGCAUGGUCAGGAAUCUCAGAACAACUAUUGGAAUUCUGGACCAAGAUUCUUCCAUCAAUCUUUGAUUGUAUUCAUAUCCCAGUGAUGGAUAAACUCCGAGCUCCUGUUGAGAAGAACCUAACAACAGUCUCCCAUAACACUGUGAAUGUUAGAGUUGAAUCAGAAGCACCAGGCUCAGGGACUGGCUUGGAUGCCGGACACGUUUGGGGGAAGAUUUUGAAGGUUUCUAGAUCCAACCAUGAACCAUUACCAUGGGGGAAAGCCGUUGCUGAUCUACUCUUCCAAGAAAUUUUUAAACCACCUGAGCUUCUUGAAGGUGACCAGUCCAUUUCUACCAGAGGAACAGUGCGGGAUGGACAGCUACCAACUAUGAAGACAUCAAUGAUCUGUAAACACCAAGACGGUGCAAAUAGCACAAUUCCUGUCAACAAGGAAGUGUUAAUGCCCAUUCCUGGACAAUAUAACAGACCAGAGCAAUUUAUUCAAACCUUCUGUAGUCAACCCUCCCUUCCCUGCACAGUAACCCAAUCCAGCUUGAAAUGAGACCCCUUCUAUUGGUCCCUGCACCUUAUCCGUCUGAGUCUCAACUUCAAGAUCAGAGCUCCAGCACAAAGCAUGAAGAGGAACUGCAACUAAAUUAGUUAAAAUAUAGUUAACUUUUGUAGAUUUUCCCACUUCCUCCAUUACUGUAAAACAACCCAAUUCAUUGGAAAUUGCAGAAGAGUAAUAAACAAUAUUCUUUCA